UAUAUAUAUUACGUACUUCUAUAGUUCUAUUUAUGGAAUUUUAACAAUGACUCAUACGGAAUACUUCGCGGUUUUGAAACUUUGAGUAUGUUUUACUUCUAGUUCGACAUUUCAAUAUUUCAUUAAAUUCUUAUAAUAAUCUAUAGUAUUUGUAUCUUGUUUUACCCGGACAUAUGAUCAAAUGAAACAGAUAAGAUUUCUCAAUUCCUACAACCCAAAGUCUUCAUCCACGAGUACAAUUAUACCAUGUCGGAGCCCUGAAUGUUGGCCAAAGCAGAAGCAAUGCCACCUGAUGCAUAAGUCCGGCGGCAAGGCGGUAGCCGCAUGCCCUUACCAAGUCGACUAUAUGACAUAUAACACUUCGAGUAAGGGCAUCCUUGUUAAGGAUAUCUUGCACUUAGAAACAUAUGACCAGAAACGCCGGCCUUGUAAAGCGCCAAUUAUAUUCCGGUGUGGAAUGAUUGAGACUGGUGCUAAUUUGGAGGAUGGCACAAUCAAUGGUUUGCUAGGGCUGGGCUUUAAUACGCCUUUGGACUUACCUGGCAUGCUAGCAUCCCAAGGGCUGGUCCCAAACUCCUUCUCCUUAUGCUUUGGCCUUGAUGGCAAAGGCAGGCUUGCAUUUGGAGACAAGGGCAGCAGUGCCCAUAUGAGAACACCACUAGACCCGGAUGACGAGGAUUACAACAUACAGAUAGAGAAAAUAUGUGUUGAUGACAUUGUAAGCAACGUUGCGUUCGUGGCGCUAGUUGAUUCGGGCACUUCUUUUACACGGUUAAAUGAACAAGCUUUUUUCUUUAUAGCAGAAAAUUAUUGCUAUACUCCAAGAACCAAUCACACGACACAUCGAACACCUUCUUUGACUUUAAGGAUGAAAGGAGGAGCUGAUUUUGAUGUUCUUACCCCCACUUUUAUUACCAUUUUUCCGGGGUUGGAUGGACCAGUUUACUGUUUAGGUAUUCUUAAAAAUGAGAAUAUUGAUAUCAACAUCAUUGGGCAGAAUUUCAUGAUGGGCUAUGACAUUGUCUAUGAUCGUGAAGAGUCAAUUUUGGGGUGGAAACAAUCUGAUUGUAUAAUAAAAGAAGCAAAAACUACUCCCUCGAGCAAAGCAUCGGGAGCAACAAUGCGGAGCAUAGUAGUGGGAUUUUUACUUUUGUUUUCUUGUGGUUACAUUUAUUUUGUACCGUAGUAAUAAUUUAAUACCCCUAACUAGUACGAUAGAAGCAUAUUUUUCCUAGAAAGUGCUAAAGUUUUGAUGUGUACAGAAAUAAGUAAAGGGAGAUUGUAAGGUACAUUAAGGUACAUAUACCUUGUACUAUUUUCACUAUGAAGCAAUUAUUAUAAUACCGCAAUUAAAU